GUAGUGUUCAACGGACGUGUAGCCGAAACGUUAGCUGAUCAAGGACAUAACGUUACUAUGGUCCUUAUACAAGCGCUAGACGGCAGGAAUCAGAACGAAAUCGCAGUCAAGGAGAACGUAAAUUUGUACCGCGUAAAUGGAUCGAUUGGAGUUAGCAGGCAAGAAUUCGAGAACCAGCAAGCAUCCGUAAUCUUUAAGGAUUAUUCGAUAUUUGAUAGAGAAGUUUGGGAAACAAUGCGUAUUGGUACACAGCUCGCAUUCGGAUCGUGCAAAAACGUUAUCAGUAACCGAAAAUUCCUUACCUGGCUCAAGGACCAACACUUUGAUCUGGCAUUUGUGCACGUUUACCAGACUUGUCCAAUAGGACUCGUUGAAAUCGGUCGUAUUCCAACAUGGAUAUGGCUAAAUAGGUAA